AAACCUCCUUAAAUUUCAGGCAUCGCGCAAAUUUGCAAAAGUCUUCAGCAUCACCGUUUGGAUCGCUUGUGCACUUUCUAUCAUCAAAUAUCUGCUUGCACUCAUUUUGAUAGCUACUCACCGUGAGGAUAUCAUUGAGUCUUGUGAAGCGACUGGAUUCGUCUCCAUGACCCACCCUGAAUCGAGCAUUACCGCAACUUUCAACAGCAGCCCUUAUUACCACCCUGUCAGUUACCCAGGAACACUCAAUGCUGGCAGCAUGUCAUACGACCAAUGCUCAGAAGCCAUCAAAGUCAUGCUGAUUACAUUUGGUGUUGUUGUCUUCGUCAUCCAAAUCGUACAAGUAAGUUGUGUGUGGUGAUCUAUCGUAUAUUUCGGUGUGAUCCUUAUUUCCCUUCCCCCUUCUCUUCCCAAAUCUAGAUAUACUUUGCUUCUGUCGUUUCAGCCUAUGCUUCCAGGUUGCGUAAUGGUGCUCGCCAUCAUCGACUACACGAUCAGCAGAUCAAAGAUUUUGAAGAAUCUCGUUACCAAAUGGCCACUGUGUAUUAGAAAUGGAUACUGAUCAAAUAAGAACUUGGCACUUAAAUAACGCUGAGCAGAGAAUAUUUUGAAGUUCAUUCGAAACCUCCAU